CUCUGGCCGGCGACGAGAUGCUGAUCGGCUGUUUACCAUUUGCCCCGCUGGUCCCUUUGCUUUAUCCCAGCCUCUAUGUGCCUCAUAGGUGAUAGUAAAACUCCGUCCGGAGGCCAAGAGCGACAUUCCAUGGCCUACAGACCAUGUGGCGUCUUCGAACCUGCUUCUCCUUGUUGAGAUUUGCUUUUGACGUCCGGACACCUACCUAUCCUUCACCCCUCAGUGAUGUAGUUCGUUGAUAUUAUGGUCACCACAAGCCCAGGUUACACGCAACAGGGAUGCAAAAAUGGGUCCAGUGCUUCCGAUCAAGGGAUGAUGGUUCGACUUGGAACAGACCAAGCAUGGUUUAAUUAUUGUGUGGGAAUGACAACUGGCAGCCGAGCGUCUUGCGUUGCGAAACUGAACAGGUGUGGAAUUUUCCAUCCUGAUUUCGCCAUGCAUACAGAGGACAUGGCACCCGCUCGUGCAUCAGGCAUGACCCUGCAAAUCUUCACACCACGGGCUCCACCCUUUUUGACUCCCGGACACUCGAUCCACAGCCAACCUUACCGCAAAAUGGAAGAAGUCAAUCUGGUCACAAUGCAAACUUUCUCGCGGAUUUACAGAGUAUUGGAAAGGCUUCCCUGAAUUUUACUAUGAAGGAAUCUAAGAUGAUGUAGUGCGCACAUCAGAUGAAUGAGGGACAUUCAUCCGCGCACGUCUCAUGGCCAAGCUACAACUUUUGCGGUCGACUGAUCUUGAGGGAUAAAUUCGGAUUUCCUGCCCAAGUGAGGGCCAUCAGAAUUUUCUUCAUGCCAGCAGGGGUCAAACAAGAUUUUUUUUGGCAUGUUCGAGAAACUUGCUCAGUGCCACCGAAGACUUUUUCGCUCAGGAAUCUCCCUGCGGCGUUGCUGUUUUGAGACAUGGGCAGCCAGCGCUUCCUCUUUGCGGCUUAGCCAAAAGUGGGUCAAAACACACAGUCGUCAUUAACUAGCUGAUUGAUAAGAUGAUCUUAUCUGAUUUUACUCCUGCGUUGGAACUUCGUUCCGCCCAAACUUGUGGCUUGGCCGCCAGGAUUCCGGAAAUGGAAUACAGGUUACGUCCCAAAUGGAAAGACCGUUAGAGAUUCCAUCCAGCGGUGGAGUGCAAAGGCUUGAACUGAUGAGAUUCGCGCGCAAAAUAUUUCAAUAUAUAAAUGCAUCAAUUGCCAACUCUCUCCUGCUUGUCGGUCCUUGUUCAUUUCGUAUUUCGCUCUUAACCAGGCGCCGUUGACUAAUUCUCACAAUGGCAGACCAUCAACCAACACUCAAUGAUCUCGCAGCUAGGGUCACCGAGCUUGCGAAGGAAUUUACCGACUACCUCCAGGAAAAGAAUGUCCCGCCGCCAACGUUUGCCGCAGAUAGCCCUACAAGCUAUAGCAAUCUAUCUCCAGAAAGCUUUCUGACACGCCAGAUGCUAUCGGAUACUCUUAUGGAUAUGUGGUACCUGGUUCAGGGACCGAGUGAGAGCAUCUUCAACUAUGUUCAUACUUGCAUGCCUGAUGCCGCAGCUCUCCACCUCCUGAAUUAUUUCGACUUCUGGUCCAGUGUGCCGCUGGAUGGCUCUGCUUCAUAUGCAGAUAUCGCCAAACAUACUUCUCUUCCAGAAGAAGUUGUUCAACGUAUCUUAGCGCAUGCGACAACUCUCCGCAUCUUUGCAGAAACAGAGCCUGGAAAGUUGUCAUCUCGUAUUCAACAUACGUCCCGGUCCGCCGCUUUAGCUCGUUCUUCUGGGCUCAGGGCUCUUGUUUCCACAAUUCUGGAUGACGCGGGACCGCCCAUGAUGGUCAUGAACAAGGCCCUGCAGAAAUACACCUGUGGAAAACCUACCUUGACGAAAAAUAUGAAUGAGACGUCGUUUGCUUUGCUCCAUAGCGGUGGUCUGUUCGGCAAGUACGCCAACUGCUGGGAGUUCAUUGAAAACGAUGGCGAGGGAGAGAGAAAGGGAUGGCGUCAGAGGAACUUUGUUGAGUUCAUGCGCUACAUUAAAGAAAUUUUCCGCCUCGAGGAAGUCGUGUUGAAAUCUUAUGAUUGGAAAGCAGCAGGCAAGGCGACAGUAGUGGAUGUCGGUGGCUCAGGCGGCCACGAUGACGUGGUCCUCGCACAAAACUACCCUGAUCUCACCAUUACUGUGCAAGACUUGCCCCAGGUGAGACCUACGUUUGAGGCGAAUCUGCCCGCAGCCCUCAAAUCGCGUGUCUCCUUCAUGGAACACAACUUUUUCCAUCCGCAACCCGUCCAGGCCGACAUCUACAUGAUCAAAAUGAUCCUUCACGACUGGCCCGAUCAAGAAUCAAUCCAGAUCCUACGGAGCUUAGUGCCCGCCAUGAAGCCUGGUGCUCGUGUCAUAUUUAUCGACUACGUCGGCAAGCGCGAGGAAAGAGAAGGUCCACCAUUGCCACGUUCGAUUCAGCAAAUGGGUACCGCGACGGAUUUGCGGAUGAUGGCGUUGUUCAACGCCAAGGAACGCCCGGUUGAUGCAUGGAAGGACAUUUUCCGUGCUGCGGAUGAGCGGUUUGAAAUUACUCGUGUUGAUGCUAACCCACUCGCCUUCUUUGUGGUAAUUGAGGCAGUCUGGCGCGAGUGAUAUGAUGUGAUUAGCUUGUGCAGGGCAUCAGAGGCCAAAGUUUAUUUGUGUAUUUUGUAGAAAGUGGCGCCUGAACUGGGAUCAGGCAGAUGUAUGAUAAAACGUAUGACUGUGUAUGUGCAUAUAUG